AUAAAAGUAAGUCAAAACGUUGUCGUUAAAAUUAGCAGACGAUGUAAAAGAUAUCCGUUAAAAUGCGAUUUCCUGAAGUCAUCUACCUCGUCAUUUUAACGUGCUCAUAUGUUUCCUUGAAAGAUUUAAGUGUGUCGGAAUUUCUCAGUGAAGAAGAAGCGCGGUUGCAAAAGCUUGGGAAAAGCUGUCCAGUAAAAUCGAAGCUACAACGGAAAAAGAUUGAUUCACUGAGGCUGAUAUCAGAACAUGAUGAUAACAGUGUACAGUGCAUCAUCAAAUUUCUGAAGGACAAUCUGAAAGAUGGCAUACUCUGGUCUGCACUAGGGAAAAUUUAUGAUGCAAAAGGCAAAAAGUUUUCUGCUCAGGCUAAUGUCUGUUUCAGACAAGCAUCAAAAGUUACAGGAAAGUUUCCAAAGUUUAUACAAGAUUGGGAUUAUAUAGGCCCUUUUGUUAUUGGAAAGACAGAGUUUGAUGGUGAUCCAUUAGAAGCAUUUGGAGGAAUAUACAAUGUGUCACAAUUUCGCUUUGAAUCUGGGGUAACUUACCCAUCUGAACUGGCACCACAUGGGAAAGUGGAAUGGGUGUCAGUGAAGCAAAGGGCAGCUGACAAACCUGUGAUAGUGUCACCUAACAUCAACUGGAAUGAACUAGUUAAAGCACUGGGUUCAUUGGGGAUUACUGAAUGGCAAGGGUGGAUUGUUGGAGAGCUUCCUGUCACACAAAAUGACAUGACUGUGCUGGUACAGUGCAAGGGAGUAAGCACCAUCUAUAUCGGUGGCAUUCCCAUCAUAGGUGAUGUCUAUCACAGGGACAUGUUUAAAUCUGCUGUCAGGCUUCAGCGGGGUGUUCACCUGGUAACCGUUCGACUUAGGGCCGUUGUGCAGGCUAACAUCCAGUGCUUAUUCCAUACUCCCCCAAAAGAGGGGUUUGAGAUCCUGCCACCAAACUUUCAACCUGAUCUGUAUGAUGGCUACCUGUUUAGUGUCUACCUGCCCAUCCUAGUGGCUAAUUAUAAACUUGAAAGGUGGUUGCACAUUAGCAAAGUGACUGUUGAAGAUCAGUCUUAUGGACAAGCUAGUCUGGAUGCUAUGCUUUCAAAUAAGUAUGACAUUGCUCCUGGGCAGAUUCAGUUUCUCAUUGUCAAACUGUCAAGUUCUUCCCCUUUAAUCAGCAAGGACUGUGAACCAGUUGGUAUCACUCUUGUUUUAAAAACAUCAGAAGGCCAGGGAAGGCUGCCUUUGACACUUAGAUGUCGGAAAAAGGGAGAAUCAUUUUUAUUUACAUUCUUAGACCAUGAUGGGUCUGUGCAGCAUGCUGCGGCUAUUGAACCAUUGGGCACCUGUUCAAAGAUCUUAUGUCCUGUCCUGCUGACGCUUCAUGGCACCACCGUUCCACCUCAGAACCAGGCAGACAGCUACAAAAGAAUGGUCAGAGACAAGUUCUUGUUUGGUGUGGAAGGAAUGUGGCUGUUGGCUCCCACAAGGCAUGGGGCACAUAACUGGGAGGGACCAGGUGCUUUGACUGCCAUGACAUCCUUGGAAUCUCUUUCUGCCUUGACCCAUGAACAUGAGUGGCUGGAAAAAAAAGCAAACACACACCAUAUCUUAUUUGAAGGCCAUUCUAUGGGAGGUCAUGGUGCUUGGCACCUUGUCACUCAUUAUCCUGACAGGGCCAUUGGGCUAGCAGUAUUGGCUGGCUGGAUAAAAAAGGAGGAGUAUGGAGAUAGCAAUCUGUUCUUCAGACAUGACAUAUCCACCAGUCACACAGAUCCUGCUGUUAAAUUCAUAAUGGAGGCCUGUAUUGGAGAGAAUGAUGCUGACAAACAUAUUAAAAAUCUUCAGGGCAUUCCAAUACUGUGUCGCGUUGGUUCUCAAGACAGAACUGUCCACCCAUUCUUUUCUCGAAGAAUGAUACGGCUUCUGCAAGAGCAAGGCAGUCAUGUUGUGUACUCAGAGCUGGAGGGACGAGAACACUGGUGGUGGGACACUUGGGAAACGAAUGAUGGUGGUGUGGUAAACGAUGGAGAGAUGCGAGCUUUUGCCAGCCAGUGUUUGUCAUCAUUAACACUGAAUGCAGGAGAUACGUGCAAUGCAGAUUCAUGUGGGAUGGAUGUUGAACCUGAAGAAAAACACUGGCAAGGGUCAAAUGAGAACCAUCAAGAGGUUGCAGAACUUGUGACAGUGAAUCCUGCUCUGGGUGAAGGUUUGCGGGGAGUGAGAAUACUACAGCAGAUAGUUCCAUUCAGAACCAGCAGAGUGAAGAUUGUUAUCACAAGGAGAAAGGUCCAUCUUUGGACAGCUAAUGUGAAGAGACUGACUAUAAAGGAACCGCCCAACAGACCAGUUGGCUGGGUUCAAAGGCAAGUUGAGAUUGAUCAUGACGAACCUAUACCACAGGAUAAUCUGCUGCAAGUUCUUGCAUCAGAUACUGCUCAUUUUUGUAGAGCUACAGCAGGUCAGUGGAAACUCUGCAUUGAUGAUAUUAGUAGUCUGGGGGAGAGGGGCCCUUUGACACUUGGUCCAGCACGGCGUAUUGCAGAGAGAAAUUUUGUCAUCAUAACAGGGACGCAAGGGAAAAAAGAGAUCACACAGGCUAUUCUUGCAUUUGCUGUUUACAUAGGAAACCUGUUUCUCAUGUUGUCUGAUACCUAUGCACCUGUUGUGAGAGAUGUAGAUGUUUCGGCCUCUCAGCUCCAUGAAAAGAAUGUCAUCAUUAUUGGGGGACCUAGUGAGAACAAACAUGCCCAAACUUUUGUAGAGACAAUUCCUCUCACUUUUGGAGCAGAUAAAGAAAUCCAACUAGGAAGCUGCACAUUUCAAGAACCCAGAACAGGUGUUUUGGCUCUGGCUCCUAAUGGACCUCAGGGUCUGGCAAUGCUUCUAGUGGGAAGCUCAGUGGAUGGACUGGCAGACGUCGUAUCACUUGCAACCCCAACGAUACCUCCCAUGUCACGAUCUCCUUUCUCCAACUUGCUGCCUGAUUUUGUGGUAGUGGGCCCUGAAUACCGUUACAAAGGACCAGGUGGAACCUUGUGCAUGGGUUUCUGGGGUAACCAUUGGGAACUUCGCCCAGAACUUAUUUCAUGUGCAUGUUGACUGUGGUAAUGUAAGUUCUUAAACUGCAGUCACUUCAGAGAGAACUGUUCCUUGCAUUUAUGUUCCAGUUUGCAUUAAAUUUGAUUUAUUUUUGAUAAAUACAUUUCUCAAAAACAUA